UAUACACACAGAAAGUUUCCACGUUGUAACAGUCGAUGGCGUGCUUGUGCUAGUCCUGCGAGAACAAGUAAGGUAUGAUUUAGACUGAUCAGCCUCACCAUGACCAUUUAUUACUUCGUCAUAGCACUCUGUCUGAUAAUAUCAGAGAAGUUUAUAGCACGCAUGGUGCAUGGAGGUGCAUGGAGUGCAUGGAGCCCAGACCUCUAAGGGACGCAAGAUGAAGUUCCCCCCUUAGCUCCAUGCAGCUCCAUGCGAUCCAUACACUCCAGGACAUGCGAGCUGGAAAACCUUAUAGAUUACUCUGUAAUAUUAUCCUCGUCUCCACUUUUACUUUAUUGUUCCACCGGCUAAGAUCAGCUAGUACCCUCCGACUCGACCUCUUCAUUCAACAAUCUUAGUUCAAGCGGUGUGGCUACUACUUAGAAAAGUGCUUUUCUUUGAAAAUUCACAGGUCCAUGAUUGUGCUCAUUAAGAUUUAGUCCUCCAGGAGUUUCGGCGAAGUGCCACGGCUACCAGCCCGACGAGGCUCAGCCAUAGCGGUCGGCACAAUUUCGUCCCAAAAAGCGAGAAAAAUGGCACGCCGGCAAAAAUAGUUCAUCUCGAAGGGCGAAAUACUUCUUACAUCACUCCUCGCACUUCUUACUCGUGCGGUGCUUCUGGGUUACCGGCGCAGUAGAUUAACGUGUGUCGGGGCACCGGACAGCGACAAUUGUCCCACCGCAAUCUUCAUACCCAGCUGAAGGAGGCGGUAAAGCGUGUACCCCCCAGAGCAACGAAGAUCGACGUCAGAGCCUUCUGACCAACACGACGCGGAGACUUCUGCGGACGCAUAGAUACCUCCUUCAGUCAAGAUAGGUUGUGGGCAAACGAUUGGCGAACUGAACGCUUCGCUAUUGAAGUGAUUCGCACGACGCCGUCUUCAAGCGUCCUAGACCCAUAUCUGUCCGAAGAUUCUCACUUUGCCUGCUGUUGACCACUCUCGGCAUUCUGGCUGUGAAUCUGGCGAGCGUAUUAAAGUAACGAAAGCAGCUCCCGCAAAUCGCAGGCUAACUAGAAGGUGAAGUGGAAAUCUGCAGCGGACGAUACACAUCUGCAUCUUCUUCGUCCUCAAGGAAAAGUAGCGGUUUGAAAAUUUCACUGGCUCACGCGCAGUAAUCAUCGAAGAAGGGAACAUUAUUUCUUCAGACCGCCGCACAAGCACUUCUACCGUCCGCGGACACUAGACGAAGAAGAUGACGGACAGAGAAGCAGUUUACGACACUUCGAUGUCGUCACUGCUGACGCCACCGUCUCUCAUAGAGUAUGGCCUCCGACGAGAGGCAUUUGGAGAGGGAAUGCUAGCUAUCACCGAUGAGGGUGUCUUAACAGCUGGAGCAGCGCAGAAGUAUCCUGCCAGACAGAAAGCAUUUCUAGAUUACAGGAAAACACUGCCACCGGUACUCUCUUCUAUAAAAUAAAAAUAUUGAUUUGUUCUUUAUGACAACGUUGAGAAAGUAGAACAAAGUAAGAGGACCUCGUUAGCAGAAUUGAAUAUUAUUAUCAAGAACAUUGAAAAUCAAUUUCAAUUUGCGAAUCGCCUCAUCCGCGCCAGGUUCACGAGCGAUUACUGCAGAUAAGUCCACCAAUAGCCGUGCAUAAUCCGCCACUAACGGCUUCAGCAGCACCACUCUAUCCGCCUUCAAGAUGGAAGGACGCAGCGGUAUCGCUUUGUUUUACCUGUUAAUGUUAUCCUCUGAUUCAGUAUUCAUCGAACUUUCUUGCACUACGCCGAAUGUAAAGUAGUCAAUGACCAAAAGAAAGUCUUGUUAGAAUGAUCUAGAAAUCGCCUUUCCACCUUCGCUUUUGCCAUUCUAUUGUCGAUUCACUUACAGAUGCCCGGAAAUAUUGGAGUUUCUCAUAGUCGAAAAGGCGCCGCGUACUCAUUACAUGGCAACCUAGGAACAGGGAAUCCAUAUUCCUCAUAUGUCUUCAAAGCCGGCAAUCGGGACGAAACUGUCUUCAGCGAUACACUAAUAAAUCGACAAGAAAAACGCGUCACAAACGUAUUGCAAGUCGCGAUGUGCUCUUGUUCAAGGAUUUGAAUUUGUUUGAAGAUAAGUUUGUUUGAAGAUAAAAUUUUUCUGCAGCUCAUUCCAGAUUUUGAAUUUUGUAGUCCAUUGUUGUAGAAAAACACCACAAGUAGAAUAAUCAAGCUCAAAUCAUUAUCUUAAUCGUCGCUGAGUCUCUUUCGUCUUGCUAGUAGCUUACGAUGGCUUUGGCUACUUGAGACGCCAUGAUGAUGAUUAUCUCAAUCUUUUUCUAAGAACAUGAAGGAUCCAUUACUUUGCAACAGGAAGAGCGGAAGAUUUUACGAGUCCAACUUUCGUUUGCGCUUCGAAGAGUAAAGCACCUGACGUCACAACAACGUGUGCGGCAGUAUCUAGGGAUAUUGGAGAAAUUCUUCAUACACCACUUUCACAUGAAUCGAAGUCUCAAGUCCGAGUUUUUUCUUAGUGAAGACUUCGCCCGCAGUCUCUGUAUGGAGGUCGUCGACGACUGCAUUGUACUACCACAUUAGCAUUUGCUUCUCAACUUGUUGCGUAAGGACAUGGAAACUCAAUCUUAUUCGUUCUCUGAUGGUUAAAAUAGUUAUCUUCUUCCUCUAGAACUUGGGGAGUAGAUGACUAUUAAAGAGAUACUGAUUGAUGAGAUUGUUUGAUACGAGAAGAAUGUGAAUGAGUGGAAUAUCAGAAUUCUCUCCUGUGAAGAUGAAGAAGCACACUGAUGUAUCUUGAAGGUGAAAAAGACGGCGUUGAAAGACAAGCUUUUUGCAUUAAAAAAAGAAGGCGCAGUACCUUCAGUCCCGGAGCUUGAAGCACUCUUCAAGGAAAAACGGGUUUUGUCGGACGUGGAGCAAAGAAUAAACGACAUCAAGCAAGCGGAUUUAACAGAAGAACUUACAGACGCGGGACAGCUGACAAGAGGUGCAAAAUUUUACAUUGAAUAGUCGGCUAUUCCUAAUGAUCAUUCUUUUUCUCAUCCUGUGCACCAUGUCCAUGAACUUCAACUUGUACUGAAAAUGAAUCAAGAACUACAUGCACACAUAAAGUGAAUCACCACUAAUUAUAUACACUUCGACUCCAACGAUCUUCGCACCAGGGCGGCUCGAUUACUAUCGAUGGGAUUUCGAUAAUGCGAUUAAAGCGCGCAACCCGACAGUCCAGAUGAAGCCUAACUUCAUUGACAAUUUCGAAGCAGGAAGGCAAGCCCUGAUAGACGACAUCUCCUCGCAGCUUCGGACAGGUUCAACGUCGCGAUCGAAGAGUCUCAGCACACGCCCAAGCUAGGUGAAAUUCACCUGUGGUGAUGCAGAGGCCUGGUCGUGUGGUGAUGCAGAGGUGACGGCAGUAAGAGGCUGCCUCAACGACCAGAGGGGUAGCAGCAUCAGCACUAGUUUUAAAGCUACAUGAUCAUGCACAUGCUACGUGUUCUACUAGAUGACACGCCUGACGAGCUUUUAUUCUUUACCUAAAAAUCACCUUCAGUUUUACGCUCCAAAAUAUAUCAGAAGACCGCGCUAGAUGCCAAUUUUCAGUAAACAAUUCCGAUUUAGUUCAAAGAGACAAGCCGUAUAUGGUUCCGUCAAAGUAUUAUCCAAUUUCAAACAGAAUUAAACGCUUACAAAGAGUUUGAAUGAGAAGACAAUUAUCGCCAUCACGGUCGCGCAUUUCUUAUCUACACGCGAUCAGAAAUUAACUUCUUCAUGAUGUCAACGGAUUAUGUAUAGAUGAUAUGAUACAAGAAUUACAAAGUGGACUUUAUUGGUCCGCCCGCCUUGCGAGGUCGUCGACCUGGGGUCAUGAGCAUGAACCCGUACCUGCUAAAUUGUGAGAAAGAAAAUAUUGCGGUAAAUUUGUUCAUGAUGCGAUAGACACGAUAAAACGAAGACGAAGACUUUGCAAACUCAACAUUCUUUCGUCAUCCUCAAGUAUGCUGGAUGAGGGC